UCAGCCCCUCAGUCCAUGUUAUGGUGUCCAUCACCUCAGAUGCCUUGCUGUUAUUUAAAUUAUGCAACACCCACUCUAUAUAAUCAGCCAAGUAAGCUGCUUUUACCUAACCUCAACCAUUUCUAAUGCUUGUAAUCCCAGUGAAGUGUCUGUAUAAAGGAGCUCCUUGUUAUGGGCAGAAGGGAGGAAUAGUCUUCCAUAAGAAAGUUAGGGAGUUGAGAGAGAUGUAAGCUAAAGGUUUGCAAGAGUGCUUUGGUUUGGCCCAAUGUGUUGAGUCUUUGGGGUUGAUUUUGGAGAUCCUAGUGUUUAAACUUAUUCACCAGGUGGUCUGGCAGUAGCUGGACCCGAGAAAGCAGCUGACCUAUGGCAGGCCUGUCCGCAGCAAGCUAUCUGCAUCUUAGCUUGCUUUGUUUACUUUCCAGUCCUUUCUUACACCUGUUUUAGCAAAAGUAGCACCAGCAUUAAGUCCCUUCCUGGGAUGAAAAUCCGUGAGUUCAUCAGCCAAGAUGGAGCUUCAGUUUUGGCCUGAUUUGGUUUCGCUCUUGGAAAGGCUGAACUGUUGGAUGUUCUUUGUGGUUUUGGUCGUGUUUGUUUUGAUUAUUGACCUUGUGAAAAAGAGACGACCCAGGAAUUUCCCUCCAGGGCCACAGCUCUUUCCUCUCAUGGGAACCUUUGUGGACUUCAGGCAGCCCCUCCAUCUUGCACUGCAGAAGCUCACAGGUCGGUACGGAAACAUCUUCAGCGUGCAGUUUGGAAGUCUGACUUUUGUGGUAGUCAGUGGGUACCAGAUGGUGAGAGAAGCUCUUGUCCAGCAGGCUGAAAUAUUUGCAGAUCGGCCAAAUAUUCCACUUCUCCAAGAAAUAUUUAGAGGCUUUGGGCUCAUCUCAUCGAAUGGGCACAUAUGGAGGCAACAGAGGAAGUUUGCUGCAGCCACACUGAAAAGCAUUGCUGUGAGCUUUGAGGAGAAGGUGCAGGAGGAGAGCCGGUACCUCGUGGAGGUGAUCGAGGAGGAGAAAGGACAACCAUUUGACCCUCAUUACAAAAUCAAUAGUGCUGUUUCAAACAUCAUCUGUUCCAUAACUUUUGGGAGCCGCUUCGACUACCAUGACAACGGUUUCCAGGAACUGCUGCACUCACUGGCUGAGACGCUGCUGCUCAUCGGAAGCUUCUGGGGCCAGCUGUAUAAUGCUUUUCCUUUGGUCAUGAGGUGGUUACCAGGACCCUUUAGGAAAAUCUUCAGGCACUGGGAGAAGCUUCAAUCAUUUGUCAAGGGAGUGAUUGCAAAGCACAAGGAGGAUUUGGACCAGUCUGAGGCAGGAGAUUAUAUUGACUGUUACCUGAGGGAAAUAGAAAAGUUUAAAAGUGACACCAGCUCAUAUUUCCAUGAGGAAAACCUGCUGUGCUCCACCCUGGACCUCUUCUUAACUGGGACUGAGACAACAGCGACCGCCAUCCGCUGGGCUCUGCUCUACAUGGCCGCAUACCCCCACAUUCAGGAGAAAGUGCAGCUGGAAAUCGACACGGUGGUGGGGCCGUCCCGCCAGCCCACCAUGGCUGACAAGGAGAACAUGCCCUACACCAGCGCCGUGCUGAGCGAGGUCCUGCGGGUGGGCAACGUCGUGCCCCUGGGGGUGCCCAGGAUGGCCACCAGUGACACCACCCUGGCUGGCUUCCACCUGCCCAAAGGCACCACCCUGAUGACCAGCCUGACUUCGAUAAUGUUCGACAAAAACGUGUGGGAGACUCCAGACACCUUUAAUCCUGAACAUUUCCUGGAAAACGGCCAGUACAGGAGGCGGGAGGCUUUCCUGCCCUUCUCUGCAGGCAAACGGGCUUGUCCCGGGGAGCAGCUCGCCAGGACAGAGCUCUUCAUCUUCUUCACAGCCCUCCUGCAGAAGUUCACCUUCCAGGCACCAUCAGCUGCCACGCUGACCUUCGCCUUCACACUCAGCCUCACUCGCUGCCCCAAGCCCUUCCAGAUCCAGGCGCUGCCCCGUGAUUGAGGCUGGCCUGGGGCCGUGCCCCCUCAGCUCUCCACAAGCCACAAAGUGUCC